AUGGCUGCGGAGGAGCUGCGUGCUCCGGGCACCCCUUUCUCACUCUCCUUUUCGGGCAGUGGGUUCCUCGCGCUGUAUCAGGUCGGGGUGGUUCAGUCCCUCCUGGAGUUGGCCCCCGAGCUGCUCAAAUCCGCCUGCAAAGUGUACGGAUCGUCUGCAGGAUCGCUCAUCGCCGCCGCCGUGGUGUGCGGCAUCAGCCUGGAUGACCUGAAAGAAGUGUUCUAUGCAAAUGCAAGGGAAGCCCGGAAAACCCUGCUGGGUCCCCUGUCCCCCAAGUGCAGCUUGCUGGCCAACCUCAGGGCCGUGCUGCAGCGCAGGCUCCCAGAGGAUUCCUACCAGGUGGCAUCGGGGCGGCUGCACAUCUCACUGACACGGGUGGUGGACGGCCAGAACGUCAUGGUGUCCGAGUUCAGCUCGAACGAGGAGCUCAUUCAGGCUCUCCUCUGCAGCUGCUUCCUUCCUAUCUACUGCGGGUUCAUCCCUCCGUCCUACCGAGGUGUGCGUUACGUUGAUGGGGGAUUCACGGGCCUGCAGCCCGUCUCCAGCCUGGAGGAAGCUGUGAUCACUGUGUCCCCAUUCACGGGAGAGCUCGACAUCUGCCCACGGGACUGCCCUGCCAUCUUCUACUGCUUCCAGAUCUUCAAUGGCAGCAUUCAGAUUUCGGUGGAAAACCUGUGCAGGAUUAGCUAUGCUUUGUUUCCACCCAGCACCAUGGUCCUGAACGACAUUUUUUCCCAAGGGUACCAGGACACUGCCCUUUUCCUGUGCAGGAACAAUGCCUUCGGUGUGAACUACUUCGACGGCAAUUUCCGCUUUGCCAGCAUGUGUGGGAAGAACGACUUCCCACAGCCCAACAGGAUGCUGAACAGUCUGGGCAAGCGUGUCCCACAGUACCUGGCACCGCGCUUCCUCCCAGACCUGGCUCGGUGGAAGAAGCAGCAGGUGUUUAAACUGCAGGAUCCGCUGUCAAAGGUCCUCCUGCAGCCAUACAAGCUGCCGGCGUUCGUCUGGAAGGGGCUGGAGCAGCUGUGGGGGCUGCUGGAAGACAUCAGCUCCAUGGCAAAACGGUUCCAGAAGCUCCUCCGAACAGUGGUGCCUGGUUUGCCUAAGAGAGCUGGGGCCAGGAGGUAA